AAGUACCCAAAUGAUACAAAUGCAUUUUAAAAUCAUUUAUAAGUUUUCGUAUUUCAUACAAAAAUCUACAUAUCAAAAUUUAGCUGGCUAACAAAAAUGGAACAAAAAUCAAAUAAUAAUUUUUUAAAUUUUGAACAUUUUAUUCGACAAUUUGAACCAAAUUUAUGGAUAUUUCCAUUUUUGGGUGGUUUAAUAUUGUUUUUUACAUUAAUAUUAUGUUAUUUAGUAACAUCAUUCGUACAAGGUUAUCCAGUAUUUUGGUUGGUCAGUGAUGUUGGUGCAUCAUCACCAGUAUCCGGUUAUUUUUCACAAUCAAUGGAUUUGAUUACCAUUUUGUUUGCAUUCACUAUGUAUCUUCGUUGUAAACAAAUUGAUUAUUAUAUAAAGGAAAUAAUUCCCGAAUCAAAAAAUCAUAAAGUUAACAAUCCAGAAAUGAUCAGAAUUUUAAAUGAAAAAAAUUAUCAAUCAUUUAAAUAUGCUAUUCUAAGCUCGAUUGGUUUUAUGAUAAUGGGAAAUUUUGAUAGUUUUGAACAUAUUAAUGAACAUGGUGUUGGUGCAUUUUUUAUGUUUGCUACAAUACCAUUCUUAUUCUCACAGAAAUUUAUUGCCGAUAAACUUUAUGAAUGUGAUCAGAUUGAACGACGUUCGGUUUUAUUAACAAUCAUUACAUAUACGGUAGCAAUUGGUUGGCCAUUAGCAGCAAGCAUAUUUGUUUGUUCAUUAUGGCUGAAUGGAUCAUUAUUUGAUUGGUUUAAAAUGGAACAACGUUUAUAUUGGCCCAAUGAUUCACCAAGUUAUUAUUUAUAUUGUUUUGGUAUUAUCAUUGAAUGGUUAGUUAUAAUGAGCUAUUCACCAAUAUUAUUUAUUCUUAGUAAUCGAUUUUCUACAUUUAAACAUUGGAAUCGUAUUGUUUAUUAAUGAUUUUAAUUAUCAUCAUU